AUGUCCAUCACUAAAACAGAUCUAUAUUUUGAAAUGGAUGAAGAAGAUAAAGAUAACAAGAAAAUAUCCCCUCAAGUACUUGCAUAUGUAGACCACCUCCAUGGAAAGUGGCAUUUUUCAGAAAUCAGAGCUGUGUUCUCAAGAAGAUACUUACUGCAAAAUGUUGCUAUUGAAAUAUUCACAGCCAAUAGAACUGCAGUUAUGUUUGCAUUUCCAGACCACGUCACUAUGAAAAAAGUUGUUAAUGCUUUACCAAAAGUCGGUAUUGGCAUAAGAUAUGGCUUGAAUCAGGCAAGACGAAUGUCCUUGGCAUCUGGAAAGCAACUGUUCAAACUAUCCAAUAUGACACAGAAAUGGCAACGAAGAGAAAUUUCAAAUUUUGAUUACCUUGUUUAUUUGAACACUGUUGCAGGCCGUACAUUCAACGAUUUGAAUCAGUAUCCAAUAUUUCCUUGGGUUAUAGUGAAUUACGAAUCCAAGGAUUUAGACCUGAGUCAGCCAAAUAACUUCAGAGAUUUAUCUAAGCCUAUUGGUGCAUUGAAUCCAGCUCGGAAAAAGUUCUUUGAUGAACGAUAUGCAAGCUGGGAACAUGAACAAAUCCCUCCUUUCCAUUAUGGAACUCAUUAUUCAACAGCAGCAUUUACACUCAAUUGGCUUAUCAGAGUGGAACCAUUUACCACCUUAUUUUUAAAUAUGCAAGGAGGAAAAUUUGAUCAUGCAAAUAGAACUUUUUUCUCAGUCAGUCAAGCUUGGAAGAAUUGUCAAAGAGAUACAUCAGACGUCAAAGAACUCAUUCCUGAAUUUUACUAUCUGCCUGAAAUAUUUGUUAAUCAAAACAAAUUCAACUUUGGUUAUCAAGACGGAGAUGUUAUGGUUGACGAUGUGACUCUUCCUCCAUGGGCAAAGACACCAGAUGAUUUUGUCCGUAUCAAUCGGAUGGCCCUGGAAUCAGAAUUUGUAUCUUGUCAGUUGCACCACUGGAUUGACUUGAUAUUUGGAUACAAACAAAGAGGACCAGAAGCUGUACGAUCAACCAAUGUCUUUUACUAUCUCACAUAUGAAGGAAGUGCGAACCUGGAAUCAAUGACUGACCCAGUCAUGAAAGAGGCAAUUGAAAACCAAAUUCGUAGUUUUGGUCAAACACCAACCCAAUUGCUUACUGAGCCACAUUCCCCAAGAAGUUCUUUAAUGCAUCUGUUUACCGAGAAAUAUCGUGAACAGAGGAGCAUUCUUAGAAAGGUUUACCACAAAUUUCUCUUUUAUUUAUGCACUAACAAGUUAACCUUGCUUGCCUGA